AUGGGACAUGACUAUAGCUACAGCCAGCCAUCAGAGUCAGAGGAUUAUGGUGGGAACUCUGUCGACAGUGGCUACAGCGAAACGAAAGAUCUUAUUCGCCGGGACCAAGCUGAGAUAAGCUACAAUGCUCGUGCGCCGGCUCAUUACCCUCCGCAACCCGAGGUUGAGUUUGGAUUCCCGCAGACAUGCUACUGUGGUGGUCAGCCUCUUCUUGCAACAUCUGACAGUAGGAAUGAUCCUGGUAGAAGAUACUACACAUGUGAGAAUGUUGAUGAUAGAGAGUGCCAUGUUUGGAAAUGGUGGGAUGUGGCGGUUAUGGAGGAGAUGAGAGCUAGGGAUAGACACGUCCUUCAGCUGGCUGAAAAGGUAGAUAAUCUUACCCUUUUGAGUGACUAUGAGACUGAGCAGAAGCUGACUAGGCUAGAGAAGAUAGUGUGUGAUUUAGGUAAGGAGAAAUCAAGGUUUGGCAAUGGGUUUGAAUAA